AAUAGAGGAAGCGCAGGUAAAGAUAUUGGAAACUAAAGCUCAAAUUAAACAACAAAGAACAAAUUUUCAAAAUGCUGCAACUUUUGCUGCGUGCGGUGCAGACCGUCUGCGGUGCCUGUGGCCAGAAAGGCAGCAGCGCCAUCACGAGCACGGACGGUUCGACAUCCUCGGCAGUUUCGCAGAACACCAUAUCGGGUACAGCCGCGCCGAUACAGAAGGAUGAGGAGAGGAAAGAACAAUCACCUGCUGCUGGACGACCUAUUCCACCUUCCGCGGAGGCUGCGCCCGAGUUCGUGGCCCCUGGUAGCGUUGGUGCCGAGCAAGGUUCAGGGCAAGAAGAAGCUCGUGUUGCUACUCCACCGGCGCCCACUGCUGCUGCUACAGCGACAGAACCACCCUCCGCCUUCCAACUCCACGACCGGGUGAAGAUCAAAGACCUCGCGAAAAAACCGGAAUACAACGGAGAAGUCGGAAAAGUCAUCAAGAUCGUGGAAAACGAGGAAAAGGAGAAAAUCCGGUACGGGGUCGAGAUUUUUUCCAACAAAAAACAGCUCUCCCUCCUGGCGAAAAAUUUGCAGAAAGAGGAGGGUGACGGCGCGUUGAAAAUAAAUGCAGGCACUGGCACUUCUAUCGGGACCAGUAGCAGCAGCAGCAGCAGCGCUAUUGCAGCAGGGAAUAAAGUAAGAAGUAAAAAGCAAGAUUUCGGUUCGGGGUUUCUGAAGAAUCGCAAGCGGAUUUUUGACGACAAGACCGAUAAUAGUAGUACUUCCACAGGUAGCACUACAAGUUCCUCCUCCUCAUCGACCCAGCAACCAGUGUUGAACGAUUUCCAUUCGGUAUCGCAAGAAAAAACUGUUUCAGUCUCAAACCUGCUUUGCAGACUCAGCAUGGCACGGAAAACCUGUGAUGCGUCAGUCACAAGGGAAAAGACACAUGAAAGAGGACUCUCUUGCUUUUCGAGCAUGACAAAAGACUGUCCCAAGGAAGUUGCGCAUCACAAGUUGAGACUGAGAGAGUUUUUUCUCAGGAUACUCCCUCCCGAGAGAAAAACAAGUCCAAAUCCUUUUCGACCAAGCGGGCACUUUGUUUCACCAAAACGAGUUUCGGUUAGCCGUGACGGUUAUCAAAUGCAAAUGUUGAUGCCCUGCAGGUGUUUAGGUUUGCCAUGCUGGUUUUGCAUGACCCCGAAGGACUGACAUGCAAGGCCUAGUAUCACAGGUUUUAAUAUUGAGAAGGUGCCGCCAUGUUGUUGUUCCGCACGACUACAAAUUUUCUCCUUCGGAGACAAAAAAUGGAUUUUCUUGCUGCCCAUGCAUGGCAGAUUUUUGCGUGAUCUGACACGUCGCGCAUCAGAAGUUUGCAUGUUUCCAGACCCUACUGACUAAAACAUAUUUGCAAUGCAUAAUCGUCUUCCAGCAGGCCUUUCAGCUGUGUGAGACCGACGAGAAAUUGCAGGGCCACGCGUACCGCUACUUAGCGAACUGCAAGGAGAAGAUGCGGCUUUCCUCGGAUUGCAAGGAAGCGCUGGAGGACUUGAAACAAGCUUUGCGCAUAGCCCACCUGCACAGCGACUUCGUCGGUACGUUCGACUGCUUGACCGCGUUUGGCUCCUGUUACAUGUCGUUGGACGACAGAGACGCCGCGGAAAUUCACUACCGGCAAGCGCUGGAGUUGAGUAAACGGGAGCUGGAGGGGUUGGACUGGCAGUUUGAAGCUAGAGCGCUGGUGAAUCUAGGUAGAACGAUACUGCUCUUCUUGUACGUCCUGCAAAUGUGCAUGACAAGAAAGACAAAGCAAUUUCGAUCGCUUGCUGUACAUGGCAAACGCUAACAAUCCUUAAAACCCACCCAAUGCACUCACCAAAGGUAUUUCCUUACGGCGUGACGCGGACGAAAGCGGGGUUUCCGAAUACGAACGGUACGAAAACAGCCUGACGCCGACGUAUUGAGGGGAAAAAUCCCCCUUCCCCAUAUCGAAACGAAGUUUCUGAUGCUGGGUUUGCGUACACAAGUCUUGCAGAAAGUGCUUGGCUGCGUUGUCUGAGCCUGUUUGGGUAUGCAGAAGGCUAGCAAGUGCGCAUGGCAAACAGGUUCGCAGUAGUCGAAAGCGCAUGACAGAUAUGCUCCGGAAUGCGUCAAAUGGCUCCUAUAACCCUAUAUGCAAGACAAAGACGAUUCGUGGCCACAAAUCAGCUUCACAAAUUUCCGUGUUGGUAUGGGGAGGGGGGAUUUUUCAUUUUGAUACGACGGAACUCUAUUUCAGCCAGGCGGUCGAGAUUUGGGAAGCGAAGGGACAUGAAUUGUUCCAGCAAGUAGCUCGUUCUUCUACGGAGAGUAACGCAGCGGGAAGUAGUGCAGUAGCUAGUACAAAAAUCGAGGACACCGCGGAUCAACAUAUUACCAGGGGACCAAGAACAACACCCGACGCCGGUCCGGCUACAACUGUAGCCACCAGCAUCAACUCCUACAUCGUUCUAUCAAACAAAAAAGUGUUAACGUGAUGAACGGGUUUCACAGAUGGCAGUCGUGCAUUACAAAUUUCGCUUCCCUUGCAUGCUACGCAAUACAAAUUUGGGCACCUUUUCUGAUGCAUUACUGCAUCACAAAUUCCGUUUACGUUAACACUUUUUUCUGUGAUGCGUUCUCCUCACAAACUUCGCAUCCACUCACCUCGGCCGCGCGAUAUGGAUUGCAAAUACGUCUGGGUCUGGAACUGGAAGAGUACAAACUUGCGAUGCGCAUUUCAGAACACAGAAAAACCUCUCAUGCAUAGGUAGCAAAUGCUGCCCACUUUCUGUCACCAAAAAGGGGGGAUUUGUCAUGCGGAUUCGGCAUUGCGGAAGCUUUUCGAAACCUGUGAUGCUAGAGCUGCCAUGCCAGGCCUUGCGUGUCAUGCAAAAACAGCAUGACUCUUUCAGACCCAGACACUUUUGCACUUGAUAGGCGAGUUACGAAGACGAAAAACAACAACCGGAUGAGGCGAAGCUGCUGCACCAUUUGCAAAAGGCGAAGCAGUUACUGAGUACCGGGCUGGCGUAUUGUGAGCAGCAAAACAACUAUCCAACAAAAAAACUGUCUUAGUGUAACUAUCUUGGGCUGACAGCAUCACAAAUUUGCUCUACAUGACAGAGAAAACCUGUCAUGCGUGGCUUGUAAGGGAAAACACACAGGAAAAGAGAACUUCAUGUCUGUCUGGCAUGACAGGUGUAACUCUGUUGCGUGUUCUGCAUUACAGAUUUACACUUACACAGUUUUUUUCUUGCAUAACAACCUGCGGCUGGCGAAGGUGAUCAAGUUGAAUUUGAACAACAGCCGGGAACUAUCAAAUGCAAAAGUGUCUGGGUCUGGAAGAUUUCUAGAUUUGUCAUGCAUAUUUUCCAUGAGCCAUGACGUCUGUAAUACAUGCCGUAGCAUCACAGAUUUUUAGAGGGCUUUGUGAUACCUCUACCGCAUGAGACAUGCCCUCUUCGCGUAGGACAAACCCGACACCUCUUGCUGGUCAUGCAACACAAGUUUUUUUAGAAUCCACAGACAGCAUCACAAGUUGUGACCUUCCAGACCCAGACAUUUUUACAGUUGAUAGGAACUUUUUGCAAAAUUGGAGGCGUGGGAGGAAGCGCAAGGAGAAGCAGUAACGGCGGUGGAACCUUCGUCUGCUUCUACCUCAUCAGCCGAUGUUGGGGGAGUUCCACGAGGCGCUGCAACUAUGGAAUAGAAAUUGCGCACAGUGUAGUCCUGUAGUGUAGGAGACUUAUCACGAUUUGUAUAGUGUAUUUGUGCGAUAUCGAUGAGAUUGAUCAUUUCCCUUAGCCUGCAUGACCCUCAAAGUGGUGGAUCUUCAGGGUUAUUUUUGUACACGUUUGUUUCAGCAGCUUCCCACCGAGAGGAAAGCAAAUCGUGAUGGGGCUGCUCACUUGACGCUUUUCGUGCUGAUAAAAGAUCCUGACCCGCAAAUCGUCUCGUCGGGGACGCAGAGCCAGAAAGGCCGGAACUCUUCCGGUACCAGCGGCGGGGGUGGGGACGGAUUGCUGCCAGUUGUUCCGGGAUUUGUUCCACAGGAUAAUUUUUCUCCGGGCAGCGGGGCGAGGACACAACCUCGUGCAGAACCGCCCGUUGCCGCAGCGAAACCCGAAUGCCCGAUCUGUUUCGACGAAAUAGAGGAAAAACCUGAAGAAAAGGAUCUCUACCCAAUCGAGCUGAUGUGCGGGCACUCGUUCCACCAGGGGUGUAUCAAAUGCAAACAUGUUGUCUGGGUCUGGAAACUUGUGAUGCUAAAAUGUGGAUGAUGGAAACACUUCCGGUUGCAGCCCAGCAUACAACUUUCCGGAAGACUUUCUCGUAGGCAGUUCGCAUGAGAAACUGCCUGUUUGCAUGACAAAGAUGGCUGCGGCUUUUGUCGGUUAUGCAAUACAGAUUUCCCAGGAAUGUUGAGCUAGCAUUACAAGUUCCAGCUUCCCAGACCCAGACACAUUUGCAUUUCAUAGGGUGUUUGAAAGAGCACUUGAAAACCUCGAGUUCCUGCCCCGUCUGCAGGGACCCGCUCGGGUGGAUGGGAUAAAGGAAGGGAUGUAUGGAUAACGGUCGCGCGCCGCCCGGUGGUUGUGCGGGGAAGAAUUUAUGAAUUUUUGAACAAGCGAUCAUUCUCAUUUGCAACUUUGAUGUGCUCGAAAAUAAGUUGUACGCAAAAAAUGAACACUGUGUGAUGAGGAGCUAGCGUUCAUCAGCUUCACUCGUCCAAAAACCGUUCUUGCUACUAGCCUUUUUUGAGGCAGGUCCACCUCACGAAGAAAGACAAAAACCCAAAUUUAAUGAAUCCCAGAAACGACCGUUCUGGAAGGCACGAGAAU